UACAAGAUGGCUGCUCAUAUAAAACCAGGCAUCGGGCUUCUCCCUGGUGAUGGAGGAAUAGAAGCUUUAAUCCGCGCGGCUACUAUUUCGUGUCGCCGCCACUCGCACAGACGCCCGAAGGGGGGAGGGGGGCUUGAGCCGCCGCCGGCUGCAGCCGCGUCUAGCCGCUGUCCCGCUUGUGGGCCGCGGCGGGCUUCCCGGAGGCCCAGGCCAGGGCCCUGCCCCCCUCCUUCCUGCCAGAACCGUGGCGGCUCUUUUCCUGCCCAGCCAGGCCCCGGUUGCGUCUCUCUCCAGCCAUGGCCGUCUCCAGGCUUGAUCGUCUCUUUAUCUUACUGGACACUGGCACAACACCAGUGACAAGGAAAGCAGCUGCGCAACAACUUGGAGAAGUUGUGAAACUUCAUCCACAUGAACUAAAUAAUCUCUUGGCUAAAGUAUUGAUACACUUAAGGAGUACAAAUUGGGAUACCCGAAUCGCAGCUGGACAAGCUGUGGAAGCAAUAGUGAAAAAUGUACCAGAAUGGAAUCCAGCUCCACGACCAAAACAAGAGCGUGGCUGUGAAAGUCCAGUGGAAGAAAUACCUGCCUCUGAUCGGUUGCACUUUGACCGAUUUGAUAUCUGCCGACUUUUGAAACAUGGUGCUUCUCUUCUUGGGUCUGCUGGUGCAGAAUUUGAAGUUCAGGAUGACACAUUAGGGGAAAUUGAUUCCAAAGAGAGGAUAGCACGACAGAGAAAGCUGCUCCAAAAGAAACUUGGCCUUGAUAUGGGAGCUGCAAUUGGAAUGAAUACAGAAGACCUGUUCAAUGAUGAGGAUUUGGACUACACGCCUGCUUCAUCAUUUCUUGUACACAAACAACCUACUCUUCAAGCUGCUGAGUUGAUUGAUUCAGAAUUUCGAGCUGGUAUGAGUAGCAGACAAAAGAAUAAAGCUAAAAGAAUGGCCAAGCUGUUUGCGAAACAGAGAUCAAGAGAUACAGUAGAAACCAACGAAAAGAGUAAUGAUAGCACUGAUGGGGAGCCAGAAGAAAAGAGAAGAAAAAUUGCAAAUGUUAUCCUCAAUCAGUCUACACCUGACUCCAAACUCCUAGUGGAUAAUAUACCAGAAGAGACCAAUGAAUGGCCUUUGGAAAGUUUUUGUGAAGAAGUGUGCAAUGACCUCUUUAACCCAUCAUGGGAGAUUCGACAUGGUGCAGGUGUUGGAUUGAGAGAGGUACUUAAAACUCAUGGGAAAAGUGGAGGUAAAGUAGGAGACAGCACUGUUGAAGAGAUGAUUCAGCAACACCAAGACUGGCUUGAAGACUUGGCUAUCAGACUGCUUUGUGUGUUUGCAUUAGACAGAUUUGGUGACUUUGUUUCCGAUGAAGUUGUGGCACCAGUACGAGAGACUUGUGCUCAGACUUUGGGAGUAGUCCUAAAAUAUAUGAAUGAGAGUGGAGUUCAUAAAACUGUGACUAUCCUGCUAAAGUUGCUUACACAGGAACAGUGGGAAGUGAGGCAUGGUGGCCUGCUAGGCAUAAAGUAUGCUUUGGCAAUUCGGCAGGACUUAAUUGUUACUUUGUUGCCUAAAGUAUUGCCUGCAAUAACUGAAGGUCUUCAGGAUCUAGAUGAUGAUGUCAGAGCUGUUGCAGCAGCAUCUUUAGUUCCAGUAGUGGAAAGUCUUGUCCACCUACAGCCACAAGAAGUACCUUUCAUUCUAAGUAUAUUGUGGGAUGCACUCCUAGAACUGGAUGACCUGACAGCUUCCACAAACAGCAUCAUGACCCUUCUUUCAUCGCUUUUGACAUAUUCUCAGUUCCAAAAAUGCAGUAUUCAACAGUCACUUACAGUUCUGGUACCACGUGUGUGGCCAUUCCUACAUCAUACAAUAUCAUCUGUUCGGAAGGCAGCAUUGGAAACCCUGUUUACCCUAUUGUCCACACAAGAUCAGAGUUCUGCAGCCUGGCUUAUUCCAAUUUUGCAAGACAUGUUAAGACACAUCUUUCAGUUCUGUAUUUUAGAAAGUAAUCAAGAGAUUCUGGAACUCAUUCAUAAGGUGUGGUUGGAAUUGUUAAGCAAGGCAUCUCUACAUUAUGUGGUUGCAGCUGCUUGUCCAUGGAUGGGAGCCUGGCUCUGCUUAAUGAUGCAGCCUUCCCACUUGCCUAUUGAUUUAAAUAUGUUGCUAGAAGUGAAAGCCAAAUCAAAGGAAAAAACAGGUGGCAAAGUGCGUCAAGUUCAAACCCAGAUUAAAGAAGUGAUACAAGAGUACAUUGCUGGUGCAGAAAGCAUUGCUGAAGAUCCAGCAACCAGGGAUUAUGUUGUUAUGAGAGCCCGGAUGAUGGCAGCCAAAUUGCUUGGAGCACUUUGCUGCUGUAUUUGUGAUCAGAGUGUGAAUGCCAUUUCUCAAGACAUAAAGCCAGCUGAAUCACUAGCCCAGCUAUUGCUUUUCCAUUUGAAUUCCAAGUCUGCUUUGCAGAGGUUUAGCGUUGCAUUAGUAAUCUGUGAGUGGGCUGCCUUGCAGAAGGAAAAUAAAGCUGUGGCUCUUACUGUUCAGUCACGUUUACUUGCUAUCCUUUCUGAGCAUCUUUAUUAUGAUGAAAUUGCUGUUCCUUUCACACGAAUGCAGAAUGAAUGUAAACAACUCAUCUCCUCAUUUACUGAUGCAAACCUUGAUCUUGGCAGUAGAGUAAACUGCAGUGUGUUUACAAUAGAUCAAGCUAAUGAAUUGGUCACUACCAUCUACAAUGAAGCAACAUCCACUCUCAAUCUAAAUCCUGAAGUUUUACAGCAACUGGAAAGCAAACGGCAACAACUCCAAAUGACUGUUGCUGAAACAAACCAGGAAUGGCAAACAUUGCAGCUGAGAGUGCAUACUUUUACUGCUUGUGCUGUUGUGAACCUGGAACAACUUCCAGAAAAAUUAAACCCUGUGAUAAAACCAUUGAUGGAGGCUGUGAAGAAAGAAGAGAAUACACUAGUGCAAAAUCAUGCAGCUUUGUGCAUAGCUAAGUUACUUUGGCAGUGUACAACGAGGUCUCCAUGUCCCAAUUCAAAGAUUAUAAGAAAUCUGUGCAACUCGGUUUGUGUGGACCCACAUCUUACUCCUUUAGCAUCAUGUCCUGCACAACCCCAGAGCAGCCAUGAAAACUCAAAAGGUUCCAAUUCUGAAAGAGAUGGGAUGCAUCAUACAGUCACCAAGCACAGAGGUAUAAUCACACUAUAUAGGCAUCAAAAAGCGGCCUUUGCCAUCACAAGCAGACGGGGUCCAACACCAAAGACCCCAAAAGCCCAAGUUGGAGAUCUACCUACAAACAGUAGUGGAAUAACCACAGAGCUUGAUGAAGCUCAGAAGCCGUAUGUUGUACAAAGAAGAGGAGCGGAAUUUGCUCUAUCCACUAUAGCUAAACAUUUUGGUGGGGAAAUGGCAGAGAGUUUACCACAUCUCUGGGAUGCUAUGGUUGGUACUCUAAGGAACAAUAUUGACAUAAACAGUUUUGAUCGAAAGUUGCUCUUGGAAAAGGGAGAUGGCCCAGCUCAGGAACUGGUGAACUCUUUACAGGUUUUUGAAACAACAGCAACUUCUAUGGAUGUUCAGCUUCAUCCUUUGUUGAUUCAGCAUUUGCCUUAUCUAUGUAUGUGCCUUCAACACCCCAGUACUGCAGUGAGACACAUGGCUGCUCGGUGUGUAGGUGUAAUGAGCAAAAUAGCUACCAUAGAAACCAUACACAUUUUCUUGGAAAAGGUUCUUCCUUGGCUGGGAGCAAUAGACGACAGUACCAAACAAGAGGGUGCAAUUGAAGCUCUUGCUUCUGUAAUGGAACAACUAGAUGUUGGAAUUAUUCCCUACAUAGUCCUCCUUGUGGUCCCAGUUCUGGGCAGAAUGAGUGAUCAAACAGAUAGUGUGCGUUUCAUGGCCACUCAGUGUUUCGCAACACUAAUUAGAUUAAUGCCGCUUGAGGCUGGCAUUCCAGACCCGCCAAAUAUGUCUGAAGACUUAAUCAAAAUUAAAGCCAAGGAGCGCCACUUUCUGGAACAAUUAUUGGAUGGGAAAAAACUAGAAAACUAUAAAAUCCCAGUGCCAAUUAAAGCAGAACUCAGAAAAUACCAACAGGAAGGUGUGAAUUGGUUGGCAUUUCUCAACAAAUACAAACUUCAUGGUAUCCUCUGUGAUGAUAUGGGUUUAGGAAAAACCUUGCAGUCCAUUUGUAUUCUAGCAGGAGAUCACUGUCUCAGGGCCCAGGAAUAUGCAAGAACUAAGAUGGGUGAUAGUGUUCCACUCCCAUCUUUAGUGGUGUGCCCUCCCACACUUACAGGCCAUUGGGUGGAUGAAGUGAGCAAAUUUUGUUCCAGAGAGUACCUUAAUCCUUUGCACUACACUGGUCCUCCCACAGAAAGGGCAAGGUUGCAACAUCAUGUAAAAAGACACAAUCUAAUUGUAGCUUCCUAUGAUGUUGUGAGAAAUGACAUUGAUUUCUUCAGAAAUAUUAAAUUUAACUACUGUAUUCUUGAUGAAGGACAUGUCAUUAAAAAUGGAAAAACAAAACUGUCAAAAGCAAUAAAACAAUUGGCAGCCAAUUAUAGAAUAAUACUCUCUGGGACACCAAUUCAGAACAAUGUCUUAGAAUUGUGGUCACUAUUUGACUUCCUUAUGCCUGGAUUUUUGGGUACUGAGCGUCAGUUUGCAGCUCGCUAUGGCAAGCCUAUAUUAGCAAGUAGAGAUGCUCGGAGCUCCAGUCGAGAACAAGAAGCAGGUGUCCUUGCGAUGGAAGCAUUGCACAGGCAAGUCCUGCCAUUUUUGUUGAGAAGGAUGAAAGAAGAUGUGCUACAGGAUCUUCCACCGAAAAUUAUUCAAGACUAUUACUGUACCCUCAGUGCUCUACAGGUUCAACUUUAUGAAGACUUUGCCAAGUCUCGUGCCAAAUGUGAUGUGGAAGAAACUGUUUCAGCAGCUUCAAUAACAGAGGAGACUGAAAAACCAAAGCUUAAAGCCACAGGACAUGUGUUCCAGGCAUUACAGUAUUUAAGAAAACUAUGUAACCAUCCAGCAUUAGUUUUAACUGCUGCUCACCCAGAACACAAAAGAAUCACAGAGAAGCUAGCAGCUGAGAAUUCUUCCCUUCGAGACAUCCAGCAUGCACCUAAACUCUCUGCUUUAAAGCAGUUGCUACUAGAUUGUGGCUUGGGAAAUGGCGGUUCUUCAGAAAAUGGCACAGAAACCAUAGUUGCUCAGCACAGGAUACUUAUCUUUUGUCAACUCAAGAGCAUGCUGGAUAUAGUAGAACAUGACCUUCUCAAGCCUCACUUGCCCUCCGUCACCUAUCUGCGAUUAGAUGGCAGCAUACCUGCUGGGCAAAGGCAUUCCAUUGUUUCACGAUUUAAUAAUGAUCCAUCUAUAGAUGUCCUCUUGCUUACCACCCAUGUUGGUGGGCUGGGGCUAAACCUAACUGGAGCCGACACAGUAGUAUUUGUGGAACAUGACUGGAAUCCAAUGAAAGACUUGCAAGCGAUGGAUCGAGCACAUCGUAUUGGACAGAAACGAGUUGUUAAUGUUUAUCGCUUGAUAACACGGGGAACCUUGGAAGAGAAAAUAAUGGGUCUGCAGAAGUUCAAAAUGAAUAUUGCAAAUACAGUCAUUAGUCAAGAGAAUACUAGUCUUCAGAGCAUGGGAACAGACCAGCUUCUUGACCUCUUCACUCUUGACAAGGAUGGAAAAGCCGAAAAAUCAGAUGCUGCCACUUCAGCUGCUGGAAAAGCAACUAUGAAGUCAGUUCUUGAAAAUCUUGGUGAACUUUGGGAUCAAGAACAGUACGACUCUGAAUAUAGUCUAGAAAAGUUUAUGCAUUCACUCAAAUAACCAUUUGUUGUUAAUACAAUGGCUGCUAGUUCACAUUUGUCAGCUGAUAUUCAGCAAAUUUCAAAACCUUUAUAGCAGACUUCUAGGAAAACAUGUAAAUAUACUUCUUGUGGGAAAUAUAUGAGAAGUCUGGCAUUUUGAAUAGAGCCACCUACUUUCCUUUGGGGUAGUCAAGUCUUAAAUACUUGCAUUGUACAAAACACUUACUAUAAGGUAGUUUUGAAUUUCUAAAAUAGCUACAGAUUCUUAUUUGAUAGAAAAAUUUAAAACCUAACUGGCUUUGCACAUGUUGAUAAGUGUUACUUCUGUUUUGAAACAAGUCUGUCAUUCCCCUUUUCAUAAAAAUACAUUAACUUGUACAGAUUAUUUUGACUAUUUCAUCUAAGUGGUUGUACAUCUUUCUUCUUAAACCUAGCUUGCUUUGAUAGUACAGUUGAGUAAUGAUAUUCAGUUAAACAAGUUAGAAUGAUGUUUGGUUUAGGUAAUUUCAGGGUGUACAGUGACAUAUAGUGGCAAAGCCUAUCAUCCUGGAAUAAUAUUGGGGAAGGAAAUGAAACUUCAAGUAUUAAAGUUCCCACUUUUUAUAUAUUUAAGUAUGUGGUGCUCUUUAGUCUUCUGACAUCAUUUUGAGAGCAGUCGACUUUUUAAUAGGAAUUACAGAUAAUGGCUUACUUUAGGCCAUUUCUGCAUCCUGUUCAGAGGGUGCAUUUUUAAGGGGGUGUGUGUGUGUGUGUGUGUGUGUGUGUGUGUGUGUGUGUGUGUGUGUACACAACUAGAACAUAGCCCAGUUCACAAAUCAAACGUAUGCAGUAGGUUUCAAUCCCUUUUUGUUUGUUAGAAAAAGAGCAAAUAUAUAAAUAGAACUUUUCCAGACCUAGAUCUUAUACAAUGGAGAAUCCAUGCUGGAAAGAACACCUUUAAUGCACUAGUGCACAAACCUCUUAAAUGGGGGAGGAAAAAUCAUUUAUUUACAAAUCUAGAUAUAAAUACAUCUGCUUAGAAAUGCCUACACUGCAUCAGAAGGAAUGGAGCAUUUGAGCUGGAAUCAUGUAAUAGAAAUUUUAGAAAGCUAUAAUAUGAGAGAAAAACAAUGGCUAUACAUUUAAAAGUGGCUUAUAAAAGGGAGUCAGUAGUGACAUAUGUCUGUGUAUAGAUGUGCAUGUGCGUCCCAAAUGUGUGCACAAUUUUCUAACUAUAUUAAAGGCAACCUACAGUACAUAAUAAGCUGUCUGAAUACAUACAUAGAAUAUAUGUAUAGACGUCAUAUCUAAGGUUUGGAGCUUGCUGUGCACUUCAGCGUCAGAACCUGAAUAGCCAUGAGACCUCAACAAUGUAAAGUAAUUGUUUUGAUUUUUUUUUUAAGGGGGGGGGAAUGGCUUAUGGAGCAAGAUUGCUUUGCAGCACUCAAACAGGAACGAACAUGUGUCAGAUUUUGGUAGAUAUAAAAAACUGCCAUAUUGUACCAUUAAACUAGCAUUCCGUGAAAAUAAAAAAGCCAAUUUGGCAUUAAACAGC